AUGAACAUCAAUGCCCUGCUCUCCCCAGACGAGGGCGCUGCAUCCCCGGGCGGCGAGAACAGCGAUCGAAGAGCCCAGGACGACUCGCAAAGUCCAUCGCCCAAGAAAACCUCUUCACGAGCUCGGCCAGCGCUCGCGGGUGGCAAGAGGACUGCUUCUGGAUUGAGCCAGGAGGUCAGGCGCUCGCCGGACAGAGCAGUCGCAUCGCCAACGUCGAAUCCAGCAUCGAUACAAGGGACGCCUUCGAUUCCGCGGCAGUCUUUCAACGUGCAGCCUGGGUCGAUAGCUGCGCCAAACUUUCGCCCUCUGCCUCCAACCAGCGUUCCUGCGCCGGAGUCACAGGGUCAAUAUGGCAUCGCACAAAGACCUGUAGCCGCACACCGUCCGUCGUCGACCCCGCAGAUGGAGACUUUGGCUGAUUUGGCUUCGAUGCAGCAACGCCAGCAAACAACACGGACCUAUUCCGCAAACAACGUCCGCGGCGAAGCCCAACGCCGACAAGAGCAGCACUCGCCACUACACACACCAUUGAGUACUAUCCACAGUCCUCCCAUCGCGCGCGGCAUCUCGCGACAGUCCCUCGCCGACAUCACCAUGGCGGAGGCACCCUCUCAAACGCCGCCUCCUCGCGACUUCACCUCUAAUGCUCUAUCUGACACUGAAUCCAAGACCGUCACCGAUCUACUAAACUUCCUCACCGACAACUCCUACGCCUACGAACAACAUGCCCAGCUUAUCAGCCUCCUGCACAAGGGCUUUCUCGCCCACGUCUAUCCACCGGCGGAUUCUGAAGAACCCGCACCUCCUGGUAACCCGCACAGCUAUGCUUUACUGACUGAGAUGCGCCAAGCGCGUGAAGCCAUGGACACUCGAUUUGCUGUCGGGGAGGACAUCUGGCUUGACUGGCUGUCGGAUGAAGUACUUCUGGCCCGGACUAGUGAAGAGCGCAUCACUGUGCUGGAGCUUUUCCAAAAGGCUGUCCAAGACGAACCAGCUUCAGUCAAGCUCUGGACGACCUACGUGGACUGGGUUUCUGCUAACUAUGCCGCAUGCAACGACCUGCCGGGUUCUGAUCAGCAGAGUUGGACAGACGAAGACAAGGAGAUGUGCAGGGAGCUCUUCACGAAAGAUAUGAUGCUGAACGUGCUCGAACAAGCUGUGGCCGCGACCCGAUGGCGCAUUGACGAAAGCCAUCACAUCUGGACUCGUUAUGCGCAAGCUGUUCAGGAGGAGUUUCCCGAGAACCCUCUCGAGACUGAUGUGAAGCGCCUUCAUGGGUUGUUCGUUCAGCGCCUGCAACAACCUCAUGCUGCCUGGGAGGAUACGAUGCAACUGUAUUGGCCCAUCAUCUCCAAGUUCGAAGGAAGCAAUUGGGAAGCAGCGAUCGCGCAGGUCCAUCAAAUGGCUGAACCUGCGAAAAUCGCCAUGGGACUUCGUGCCGAGUAUGAACUCAAGCUUCAACGGACUAUCGAGAGCGGCGACCAGGAGCAGGUACGACAUCAGUUUGAAAAGUACCUGAAGAGUGAGAAGUUCAGCUACAACAAGAAGCCCCGUCCAUUCGACUACGAUUUGAGGUGUGCUUUGUACGAGCGUGCCCUCUUACGGUUUCCAACCGCGACUGAGUGGUGGCUCGAUUAUGUCGACUUUACCACGACUGCUCCAAAUGCAGCUACACAGUCCCUCCUCCCUCUCAUCGAGCGGGCCACUCGCCAUUGUUCUUGGUCUGGUCAGCUCUGGGCACGCCGUAUUCUACGAGCAGAUGUUGAGCAGAAGUCCAGAGAGGAGAUUGAGAACACCAAACAUCGAGCCACUAAUGCUGGACUCCUGGAUGUGGGUGGGAUGGAAGAGCUGGUGACCAUGCUGCAGCAAUGGUGUAGCUACCUUCGCCGCCACGCAUUCCAGCCUACCGCUACCGAAGACGACGUUGACACUGCUGAAGUUGGCAUCACCGCUGCACUUGAAGAUGUGUAUGAAGCGGGCAGAAAGAUCUACGGCAAUGACUUCAAAGGCGAUCCUCUGUUCCGGCUCGAACAGAUCCAAAUCAAAUUCUACACCGAAGCACGCCGGAUCAACGAUGCAAGAGAGAUUUUCCGCAAGUUAGGCUCGCAACACGGUAAUUCGUAUGACUACUGGGCCAAGUACUACAACUGGGAGUUGUGGUUCUGGGGCUACGAUCGACUUAGGGAGGCACGACGGGUGGAGACCCCUGACAACGGACCACAUCUGGCAUCUGAGGUGUGCCAGCAGGCUCUUCGCCAGAAGAAUCUGGACUGGCCUGAGAAGGCGCUUGAGAUGUACCUCUACCACUUCCAACAGCAUGAAUCUGGAGUGAGACUGCAGGCUGCUCUGGCCGAUGCGAGGGACUUCUCGAACCGACUGGCCGCGAAGCGAGCGAAGGAGGCUGAAGAGGCAGCAGCCGUGGCGGCACAACAACAAGAGCAGUACACCGCUGCUAUGCAAGCUGCGGAGGGGGUAGAUGUUGCGGCUGGAGAGAAGAGAAAGCGGGAAGAAGAGGACAGUCUUGUCAAUGGAGAAAGUCACAAGAAGGCGAAAACGGCCGAACUUCAGGAACCGUCGGCUUCAGCAAGUGACCAGAUCAAGCGCGAUCGAGAGCAUCUCACAAUCACUGCACGGAACCUUCCCGCUGAUGUGGAAGAAAAGGACGUCAAGAAGUUCUUCAGCGAUUGCGGCGAUAUCCUCUCGAUCUAUAUCCUUCGAGAUGAGAGCAAUACCUCUGCAGCCGCGACGGUCGAGUUCAGCGCAGAUGAGGACGUCCUUGCAGCGAAGACUCGCAAUGGCAAGCAGCUGAACGGCCGAGAAGUGCGAAUACACAGCGGCGGGCAGAACACGCUCUACGUCACCAACUACCCAGCAUCUCACGACGAAAAUGGCAUUCGGGACUUGUUCAAGAGUUAUGGGGAGAUUAUCAGUGUUCGAUUCCCUUCGCUCAAGUUCAACUCUCGGCGCCGCUUCUGCUACGUGCAGUUCUUGACGCCUGAUAUGGCGAAGAAAGCUGAAAAUGCAAUGGAUGGGAAGAAGCUGGAUGGUAUGCAUGUGCUGCUGGCCAAGAUUUCAGAUCCAGACGCAAAAAAGCAGCGCGGUGGUGCACAAGUCGAAGGUCGGGAAAUCAUUGUGAAGAACAUCGACCGUGAAGCCAAAGAGGAGGAAGUGAAGGAGCUGUUCGCACAGUAUGGUCGUCUGGAGAAGGUCAACUUGCUCAGACUGGUCAACAACAAACUGACUGGAACUGGCUUCUUUGUCUAUUCAAGCACCGACGAGGCCAGCAAAGCUAUCGAAGCGACGAACAACACGCCUUUCCACGACCGAAUCUUACAUGUUCAGCUGUCAGAUCCCAAGGGACGAGCGGCACCGACUGACCGAGCGAGAAGAGAGGAUGUGAUUGUGAAGAAGGGUGGCGCUUCUGCUUCGCCUGAACCAUCAGCUCCACGUGGUUCUGAUGUGGAGAUGAAGGAAUCUGGCCAGGGAGAACAGGAGAGGCUCGACGCAAAAGAGAGAAAGGUCGCCAUCCUCAACCUUCCGGAUACCGUCAACGACGCACGCAUCCAGACUGCAAUGGAGCAUUUCGGUCCUGUCAAGAAGAUCCAGCUACGUCGGGAGAAGGAGGGUGCGAUUAUUGAAUUUGAGAAUGUCAACGACGCUUUCAAGGCAAAGAUGGGUGGUGACCUGAGCAGCCUUGGACCGCAAGCACGCAUUGGGCCGGUGAGCACUCUGAUGAAAAUCGGAACAUUCAGCCAUGAGCACAAGAAACUCAACGGAUCUGGCGCAGCGCCUUCAUCUGGCAGUGCCCUCGCCUUUGUCCCUGCUUCUACCUCCCGCCCAGGCCGCGGCAGAGGUGGUCGCAGAGGAGGACUAGGAUUCAAGGCUCGAGGCGGCGGUUUCGCCAGCGCUUCUUCCCACGAGGCGGGCCAGGGAGAAGGCAGCAAGAAGAGCAACUCGGAUUUCAGGAGCAUGCUGGAAGCUAGCAAGAAACCCGCCACGAAGCCCGCUGAUGAGGAUAUCUACGAUGCGUAG